AUGCCAUCCGAAAAAAUUGAUAAGAAGCGCAAGCGCGCCUCAGACCGCCACGAGCGGCCGAGCAAGAAGCCCGCUCUGCAGCUGCAAGCACUUCCCCCACUGGCAGCUAGCCUCGUCGAGGAUAAGAGCGAGCUGGCUCCUGUGAUCGCUACCACCCCCGGCGUCCAAAACUCCAAGUCCCUCCGCUGGACACCAUACCUCAAGGCCCGCGACAAUGUCUCCAAGGCCACCCGUAACCCGGGCAUCGCCUCUUCUGAAAUCUUGUUGCAGUCAUCCGAGCACGAGAAGAUGGAUUUUACCGGCCGCGAGGGAACCGGCGAGGAUGCGGAUUCGCAAUUGAAGCACUAUGUCGCCGUCGUGGAUCCAGAGCGCAAGACAUGGCAGAUCGUGGAGGCUCGACGAGUCACCCUCCGCGGAGCUGUCCGCAGCAGGAAGCAGGAGGAUGACGAGUCUGACGAGGAGCUGAACACCAUGCGCGCUCAGCGUACGGCUCUUACCAACACAUUCGGUACCAAGCAAUCGCGGAAGGCUGUGCAGUCGAUGCAAGAGAAUGCUCAGCUGUCCAAUGCUCCCGCCGGAACCGUCACCGAAGCCGGUGCUGCCCUCAUUUCCUCAUUGCCAGCAGAUGUUGCCUCCGGCGUGGCCAAGGCUUCCGAUGUCCAGGCCGAAGUGCAAGCCGCUAAGCCCCUGCCCACACCCGACCUCUCAGCUGCUCAUCCUUCUGACGUCUACCCUCUCGAGACCCUGGUUCCAGGCGGCCAGUCUACUCUCCGCCAAUUGAACGGCGUGGACGAGUGGAAGCAGCAAGUGGACGCCGGUCUGGAAGUGACGACUGGCUCGCGCUUCGUCGCAAACCGCGUCGUGGCCGUCGCCCAGGCCGACAACUCGACCCAACUGCAAGUGCUCCGCCUGAUCCAAAUGCUCCUCGAACUUGCUCGCUCCCUGAAGAGCAUGAGCCGCGACAAGGGCUCCGGCCCAGGCAGCAAGCGUCUCCCGUCUCGCGACGACCUCCGCCGCAUCCUUUCCAGCACAACCGGCACAACAACCAAGGGCAAAGACGACUCCGAGUCCUCUGAAGACCUCCUGCCCGACUCCGUGGUCGACUCCGUGCGCCGCCGCUUCGCCCCGAGCGGUGGCUUCCUCUCUAAGCACGACCUGACCCUCCUCCACACCACUAUUUGCGCCCUCUCCCUGCACAUCCCGCCCCAGCCGGCCAAGGACGGCGGUUCCAGCUCUCUGGGUGGCAACGCGCCCAACGAGCUGGCCACUGACCCGUCCGACCUGCGUGAUGACCUCCGCCUCGACUCGAAUACUGUGCAGCAGUACUUCCGCGAGCUGGGCUGCCGUGUUGAUCGGCCCCGUGAGUCGGAGUUCGCCAAGUGGAACAUUAAGGGUGGACGUGCCGAGGCGCAAGCGCGCCGCGUUGCUCGUCUGCGUGUCCCGGUCGAGUUCCCUAAGGUUAGCCGUGGUGGUAGGAAAUAG